UGUACAUAAAAUAAUUGUUUCAAUUAUUUUAAUCAGGGAAUUUCCACGAGGCCCUGAAUGAUGCAACAGCUGCCGUCAAGUUGGAACGAACUUUGAUGAAAGCCAUAGAAAUAGGAGCAAGUGCUUGUGAGCAGCUACAGUGUUAUGAAGACGCCAUACCGUGGUGUGAGAAGGGAUUGGUAAUUGACAAGACUAACAAGAUAUUGCUAGAUUUACGGGCCAGGUGUGUUAUUGGUCAAAAUAAAUUACAAGAAGCAACGGGCAACCCGAAGACUCACUCCGUGAAGGGUCAGCAUCUAUUGGACUCAAAAGUAAGAGACAGGGCUAAAGAAGGAACGUUGUAUGGUAAUCUGGGCAACGCCUAUCACAUUCUGGGAGAUUUCAAAAAAGCCAUCGAGUAUUAUGAACGUCAUCUAGAAAUUGCCAAAGAAGUGAGAGACAGGGCUGGAGAAGGAAAGUCGUGUGGCAAUCUUGGCAACGCUUAUGAAAGUCUGGGAGAUUUUAAAAAAGCGAUCAAGUACCAUAAAUGUCGUUUAGAAAUUACCAAAGAAGAGGGAGACAGGGCCGGGGAAGGAGAGUCGUAUGGUAAUCUUGGCAUCGCUUAUCGAAAUCUGGGAGAUUUCAAAAGAGCUAUCGAGUACCAUGAACUAGAUCUAAAUAUUGCCAAGGAAGUUGGAGACAGGGCUAGAGAAGGUGCGUCGUAUGGCAAUCUUGGCAACGCUUAUGACAGUCUGGGAGAUUUCAAAAAAGCUAUAGAGUACCAUAAACGUCAUUUAAAAAUUGCCAAAGAAGUUGGAGACAGGGCUGGAAAAGGCGCGUCGUAUGGUAAUCUUGGCAACGCUUAUGACAGUCUGGGAGAUUUCAAAAAAGCCAUCAAGUACCAUGAACGUGCGCUAAAAAUUGCCAAAGAAGUGGGAGACAGGGCUGGAGAAGGAGCGUCGUAUGGUAAUCUUGGAAACGCUUAUGACAGUCUCGGAGAUUUCAAAAAAGCCAUCGGGUACCAAGAACGUCAUCUAAAAAUUGCUAAAGAAAUGGGAGAUAAGGCUGGAGAAGGAAAGGCGUAUGCUAAUCUUGGCAACGCUUAUGACAGUCUGGGAGAUUUCAAAAAAGCCAUCGAGUACCAUGAGCUAGAUCUAAAAAUUGCCAAAGAAGUGGGAGACAGGGCUGGAGAAGGAGCGUCGUAUGCCAAUCUUGGCAACGCCUAUCAUAGUCUGGGAGAUUUCAAAAGAGCCAUUAAGUACCAUGAACUGGAUCUACAAAUUUCCAAAGAAGUAGGGGACAGGGCUGGAGAGGGAAAGUCGUAUGCUAAUCUUGGCAACGCCUAUGACAGUCUGGAAGAUUUCACAAAAGCCAUCAAGUACCAUGAACUGGAUCUAAAAAUUGCCAAAGAAGUGGGAGACAGGGCUGGAGAAGGAGCGUCGUAUGCUAAUCUUGGUAACGCUUAUCAGAGUCUGGGAGAUUUCAAAAAAGCCAUCGAGUAUCAUGAACUGGAUCUAAAAAUUGCCAAAGAAGUGGGAGACAGGGCUGGGGAAGGAGCGUCGUAUGCUAAUCUUGGUAACGCCUAUCACAGUCUGGGAGAUUUCAAAAAAGCCAUCGAGUAUCAUAAACUGGAUCUAAAAAUUGCCAAAGAAGUGGGAGACAGGGCUGGAGAAGGUGCCUCGUAUUGCAAUCUUGGUAUUUGCUUUGAAUCUCAAGGUUCUAUAAAUGAGGCUCUUGAUUGCUAUCGUUCUAGCGUGCGAUUGUUCAAUGAUGUUAGGCAGCAUCUGCAAGGUAAAGAUGAGUGGACAAUUAGCUACCGGGAUGAUAAUGAAACGCCUUAUACUAGAUUAUGGCGCCUAAUGUUGAAACAAGGUGACGUAUUUGAGGCUUUGUUUGCCGUUGAAGAAGGACGUGCACAAGCUCUGAGAGACCUUAUGUAUUCAAAGUACGAAACAAAAACACCAUAUACAGAGGAACAAAUUACUUGCGACACAGUAAGUUGCCUUUCAUCGAAUACAGUCUUUAUGGCAGUUCAUGAAAGAGAAUUAAUUUUCUGGAUUAUUCAAAAUGGAGAUGUUCAGUUAAGAAGAAAAGAAAUCAGCGAUAAUAAUUCGAGGAUUGUUGCGACCAGUGUGUUGGAGUCCUUAAUUAACACUACUCGUGAGGAAAUUGGUGUCGGACGUGGUGUGGAAUGCGAGGAUCGAUCGUUGGAUAGGAAAAUCGACAGCGACCUGUCAAAGAAGAGGGAUCAAACCAUAUCCCAACGCACGCACUUUGAUUCCAAUGGUUUGAGAACAUUGUAUGACGUCAUCUUUAGCCCCAUCAAAGACUUGAUUAAUGGCAAUGAAGUGAUAUUUGUUCCCGAAGGUCCAUUGUGCUUGGCUCCUUAUGCUGCAUUCAUAGAUUCUAAUUCAAAGUACUUGAGCGAGUAUUUCAAAAUCCGGGUCAUUCCGUCAUUGAAUAGUUUGAAGUUGAUCAAGGAUUGUUCACCAGAUUACCACAAAAAGUUUGGGGCGCUGCUCGUGGGUGAUCCCUGCUUAGAGGAAGUCGGUUAUCCGGGGUUAACGUUAGAAAAGCUACCAUUUGCAAAGAUAGAAGUAGAGAUGAUUGGGAAAAUACUCAACACUGCUCCCCUCACUGGAAAAGAAGCAACAAAAGCUCAAGUGUUGGGAAGACUUUCCUCAGUUGCUUUGGUGCACAUUGCAGCACAUGGUAGAAUGGAAACAGGAGAAAUUGCUUUGGCACCAAACCCUACUGGAGCAUCCCCGAAGCCUGGUAAGGAAGAUUUCUUGCUAACAAUGAGUGAUGUGAUGGGAGUUCAAAUGCGAGCAAGACUGGUUGUGCUAAGUUGUUGCCAUAGUGGUCGUGGUGAGAUUAAGGCUGAGGGUGUGGUUGGCAUUGCACGAGCCUUCUUGGGUGCCGGUGCUCGUUGUGUUCUUGUGUCUUUGUGGGCAAUUGACGACAAAGCUACUCUGGAGUUCAUGAAGAGUUUUUACCUUCACCUAGCGGAAGGAAGAAGUGCCAGUGAAUCCCUGAACCGAGCCAUGAAGUGUCUGAGAGAGUCUGAGAAAUUUAGCGAUGUCAUGUACUGGGCUCCAUUUGUACUCAUCGGUGAUGAUGUUACCUUGGACUUGGCUAAAGGUUGUUGAGUUCAUCUAUCAAUACGGAAGAGGGCAACUCUUUCGAUUUGUUAUUAUUAUUGCAAUGCUAAAUACUAUUAGGUUUUUUAGUGUAAAUAGUGUACUGGCCAACAGUGAGUUUGUAGGAAAAUGCUUUUUCUGCUGACUAUAGAGCAUCAAAGUCGUGUCGAUGUGUAUCCGUAAAAGCUUUUCGUAAACACAAUUUUAGAAAAGAAUUACAAUUCAAUUUAAACGUUUGUUUGGUACACCUUGGGAUAUGAUUUAAUAGGGCUGUGUUGAGUAACUUUGAAGUAAUCAAAAAUGAAUAGUAAGUCCAGGCACUGCCUAACCAUACCAUAAAUAACAUUUUUAGUAAUAUCUGAAAAUUACGAGGCAAAGUAGUUCCUUUCUGUAAUAAGUUAAUAGGUAUUUUGUUAGAGAAGAGUAGCAAACGUUCUCGGAAUUUAAGUGAUAGGAAAAUGCUUACAUUGUUUUUUUUGGUUUAUUAGAAAUGAACGAGUCGCUAAGAUAGAUCACACUGCUUCUUUUUGGGUUUACAAUGUGUUCUGUUACGUAUUAUGUACACAUUGUUUGAAUUUCCAGAGAUAUCAUUUUGAACUUCAGCGUUUUGUUUACAUGCAAUAAGUGUUAGUUCUAGUUCUAGUUCUAUUUCAAAGAUUGUAACAAUAAUAUGAUAAUCAGAGAAAGGCAAUGAAGUGAGUCUUGAGUGUCCAUUGCAUACUUCUUUGUGACGCUAUUUGGCUAACAUGAAAUAAUUUGCCGUUUGAAAGUGCUGAGGCUUCAAAUAAAUGACAUUCAGGAAUUCC